UUUUUACACUCUUCUAAUAUACCUUUGAAUGUAUCUUUAGGGAUGUGGGUAUUUUAUUUUUCUUUUUUUUUUAAAGAAAGUGUGACUUUAUUUUGAAGGAUUUGGUGAACUUCUUCAUCUUAAUAUUUUUUAUGCCUUAAUUUGUUUUUGUAAUGCAUAUGCGUUCUUUGUUCUUUGUGUAGUGUUUGUUAAUUUUGUUUUGUAAUAUCUUUUUUUUUUUUUGUUUAUUUUUGUAAAAGAUAGGGUUCUGAGGAAACCUCAUGAAUGUGACAGUGAAGGACUGCAUGCAGUGGACCUAUCUAUAGAUGAAACGAUAGUAAGUAUUUCAGUCUCAAAGGAGGACACUGUUCUUGUUAAAUGAAAAUGAAGCCUGCUAAGGUCACGAUUGAUCUGGAUGAUUAUGAGAGUAGUGAUAAUCAGAUAGUUCCUGAUUCUGGAGAUUUUAGGUUAGAAAGACGAUGGAAGAGAUGGGAACUUUCAAAUACACGUGAAAAGCACAAUCACCAUGAUGGUAGUACAAGAUCAACCAUAAAUAAUUGUGGAAAUGUGUCGAUUUUGUCACUACAAGAGGGUCAUAUGUCAGAGGAUGAACUGGAUGGAGAUUACAAAUUGUUUUUGCUUAGAUAUAAUUAUGAAGAUAUUGAUGUUGUCAGUGACGAUAACGCUGAUGAUUCUGAUAAUGACAUUAAUAUUGGCUACAACAGCGUCCAUUAUGAUAGUCAGUGUAUGAUGUUUCUGGAGGAAGAAAGGUUUCAUAACCUUCCCAAGUUAAACACUGGGAUGAGGAAGGGUUCAAAACAAAGGUAUGAAACAAGAAAAAAUGGAAAUAAAGGAAAUAAUUCAGUGAGAAAACAGUUAAGUGACCCAAUAAAAUCUCAGCUGAAUUUGGAGGCUCAAAGAAGACUUAGUAAGAAAAGGCUACGUGAAGAUGUUUCUGUUGUGACUGGGAACCAUUGCUACACUGAGAUGAAGGGUUCAAAACAAAGCUAUGAGACUGGAAAUCCAGCAUAUAAAGGGAGUGAUUCAGUGCAAAAACAAACAAGUCGCUCAUUGAAAUCUUGUCAGAAUUUGGAGGCUAAAAGAGGACAUAGCAAGAAACGACCACAUGAAGAUGUUUGCGGUGUGCACCAAAACGGUUGUCACAGUGAGAUGAUGAAGGGUCGGAAACAAAGUUGUGAGUCUGGAAAUAAAGGGAGUGAUUCAGUGAGAAAACAGACAAGGGUCACAAGGAAAUCACAGCAGAAUUUGGAGGCUAGAAGAGGACUUAGUAAGAAAAGGCCAUAUGAAAAUGUUUCAGUCGUGCCCGAGAACAAUUGUUACAGUAAUACGGAACUAGAUGUUGUGGAUGAAGAUUACCAGACAUUCCUGAAUUCUCGUAUUCAUAACUAUGUACCUAGUGAAUUAUUAAGAAAGAGUUCAAGUGUCAUGGGAAAUUCACAAGUUUCUGAUCGUGUGCUGAGUGAAGCCGAUGAAGAUUAUCUACAAUAUCUGAAUUUUCUAAGUAUUGAUGAUGAGGUGGAGUGUAUGCCUGAAAGGAAUACCUCAAGGACAGACAUGCCUGAGAGCAAAUCCACAAAGACAGACAUGCCUGAGAAGAACACCUCAAUGACAGACAUGGCUAAGAGGAAUACCACAAAGACAGACAUGCCUAAGAGGAAUACCACAAAGACAGACAUGCCUGAGAAGAACAUCUUAAAGCCAGACAUGUCUGAGAGGAAUACCACAAAGACAGACAUGCCUAAGAGGAAUACCACAAAGACAGACAUGCCUCGAAAGAACACCUUAAAGACAGACAUGCGUCAGAGGAAUACCUUAGAGACAGACAUGCCUAAGUGGAAUACCACAGAGACCUCAGAGACAGACAUGCCUAAGAGGAAUACCACAAAGACAGUCAUGCCUAAGAGGAAUACCACAAAGAUAGACAUGGUUAAGAGGAAUACCUUAAAGACAGACAUGCCUAAGUGGAAUACCACAGAGACCUCAGAGACAGACAUGCCUAAGAGGAAUACCCCAGAGACAGGCAUGCCUAAGUGGAAUACCACAAAGAUAGACAUGCGUCUGAGGAAAACCUUAAAGUCGGGCAUGCUGGACAGGAAUACCUUCAAAACAGACAUGCCUGAGAGAAAUGCCUUACAUACACACAUGCCUAAGAGGAAUAUCUCAAAUACAGUUAAUGUGCAUGGUAACACAAACUUAGGCAUGCCUAAGAGGAAUAUCUCAAAUGCUGAACCUGAUGUUAUCCUUCUAGAACCUGAUCAAAUUCAGGAGAACACUCCAUUUGUUUCUUCGAAAACAUAUGAUUCGUCUUGGUUUGGAACUGAAGUGAACCUCAAACACAUGCCUGGGAGGAAUAUGUCAAAUACAGUUAAUGUGGAUGGUGGCAGCAAUUCCUCUGAACCUGAUGUUAUCCCUCUAGAACCUGAUCAACUUCAGGAGAACAUUCCCUUUGUUUCUUCAAAAACAUAUGAUUCGUCUUGGUUUGGAACUGAAGUGAACCUCAAACACAUGCCUGAGAGGAAUAUCUCAAAUACAGUUAAUGUGGAUGGUGACAGCAAUUCCUCUGAACCUGAUGUUAUCCUUCUAGAACCUGAUCAAAUUCAAGAGAACACUCCAUUUGUUUCUUCGAAAACAUAUGAUUCGUCUUGGUUUGGAACUGGAGUUAACCUGAAAGACAAGUGGCAAUUAUCUGCUUACCAUCGUUCUCAGUUUAGGAAAAGACUUAUGAAUGACCUUCAAAGGCCUUAUGACAAAGAAGAAUAUAAUAGACUUCUGCUUGAAGUACAUCAGAAGAGGAAAACAGAGCGUCAUAUAGAAACACGUCAAGGGGUGGUCAAAUCUUAUUGCACUCAGGGUGUCAACAAAUCGUAUCUUGAGUUGUAUCCUGAUGUAGCUAAAGCAAUGGAUAAAUUCAAAAAGCCAGAAAGGGAUUUAUUUAUCCUGCGCGGAUUUAUUUUCUGGUUGCAAAAUUUGACCCACCAAGGAAUAUUUAAGCCCUGGGAGGACAUUAAAUGCUUGGAAAUUUUAAGUAAAAUGUGAUAAGGGAGCUAUAUAUGUUUUUUGUUAAAUUUAUCUUGGAACUUUCACUUACUUUUCAAAGAAAGAUUGUUAAGUUGUGGUUCUCAUUUGGUGUUCUAUAAGGAAAACUGAACGUCUUAGAAGCUUUUGUAUAUUUUCUGUUAUACCAUGGUGGUUCUCUUUAUGUCUUUAUAGUAAUUGCACCAUUGAGAAAA